AUGUUCAAUUUCUUCAAGAAAAAGCUCCCGAAGAUCGACGAGAACGCCCGGCAAAACCCGAUCGAAUCAGUUGCAAGCACAUCACGACUCGACCAUGACGUAACCGCGAACGAAAACUCAAAAUUACGCAAAGAUGUAGUUAAUCUACUUAUACCGGAAACAGACUACAAUCAGAAAACUGGAGUUAGUGCGUUCCUGGACAUUAUGGCUGGAAAACGGAGAAAAAACAAAAGGAAAUCUGGAAGAACGGAAUCGGUAAGGAUAAGUCCUCCGAAAGAGACAAAAAAUACGUUGCACAGGAGCAAAAGCGAGAGAGAAACACGGCAUAUGGAGCGACCUAACGUAUGUGCGGACGAUUCCAAAAAUAAUUCAGACGCGGUACAGCAGAGAGACGACUCGGCUGAGUUUGUAAAAGCUCUAGUGCUACAGAAAUACGCUCCUAAGGACAAAACAGACAAGCAUGUCUCCUUAGUUUAUGUUACGCCGGAUUUAAGUGAGAAACAACAUGCAGAAGCCUUAUUACGCGAAAUAGCAAGAAGUAUUGAUUGUACCAUUGAUAAAAUUACUGAAGAAAUGGGAGGUGCUGAUAGUAAAAAUAAUAGCCGAGAACAAUUGUACGAAACUAUUGAAGAACGAGCACCAAUUGAAAAUUAUAAAAGUAAUUUGAAAGGUGAAUUAGAAAAAUUGUUAAACGAAAACAAUGCAGAUAAUAAAUCCCAAACAUUGAGUAUUGAAUCGCCAAACACGAUUAAAAAAUCAAAUUUAAAACCGCCAAAAUCAGAUACAGAAGGAUGUUCAGACGAUGACAGAUCAGAUAGCGGUAAAAAGAGGGUCACGUUUCAAAAGCAUAUAGUUUUUGAUGACGGUGACCGUCAGACUGAUGAAGAUGAAUCUUCUUUUGAGUCCAUAACUGACGAAGAAGAAGAGGAAGAAUAUUUAGAAGAUAACAUACAUGAUAAUGACGACAUAAUAGGAAGCAAUAUACCAGAUAACGAUGAGUUGUUAGGAGGUUUCAUAGUCUCAGACAAUAGAACUGUUAUAAAUGUAAACGAUAACGAACUCAAGCGAAUCUCAAGUGACAACAGUGACAGUGGCUUCAUAGAUACAGACAAACAGGAUGACUUAAGUGUUAAGAGUUUGGAAGUGAGUGAAAGCGAAAGUGACAGUGAAGUGAGUGAAAGUGAGACGGAAGAGGAGAUAAUCGAAGUUAUAGAAGAGAUUGCCGACGUCAUUGAACCGAAUGAUUCCAGACACGCUGAUAAACUGAAGGAUCUGCUGGAUAAGGAGAGCAGGAUCGCUAAGGAGAAGGAGGAACGGCAUUUCAAGACGGUAGAACGUCUGGAACAAUCGCACAGCAAGGCAAUAGAAACACUAAAGGCGGAGCAUGCAACAGCGGCCGCGUCCAGUAGAGCGGCUCUCGAGCGAACACACGCCGAGAGAACGAGAAAUGCGCUCGCGCAGUUGAGGGCCGAAGCUGAGCAAGAAGCCAAGAAUGCUGAUAGGAAGCUGCGGGAGGUUACCACUAGGUUCGAAAACCUAAAAGAAGUGCUAGCAGCCAAAGAAGCACAAUUUGAGAAGGCAUUAUCAGAGGCCCACAGUAAAGCAGAUUGGGACGUCAUGCAAUUACGCCAUCUAUUGGACAAGGCUGACAUACAAUACGCCAAUAAUGUGGAACAGAUGAACGAGCGGUUCGAGAAUGAAACAGAUCGUCUGAAUGAGGAGUGGUCGGAAAAACUCCGCGUAGUGGAAGAACAGGCGUCCUCGGCAGCUGACGAAGCGAAGAAGCUGCUGGAGACCACCAGAAUGAAGCUCAUUGCGGAAAAGAACGAUCAGGUUAACAAACUGAAGGAACAACAUCGACUGGAGAUGGAGGAGCAGUGGGAACAAUUCAUGAUAGAUAAAGAGACCUGCCUGACAAGAAUGAAGGCGGAAUGCAUCCAGGAGGGCGAAGAGGAUCGUGUCAAGAGGGAAAAGGACUUACUUGAAGAGAUUGCUGAACUCAAAGCACAGGUUCAAUCAAAGUCUGUCGACUUUGAUAACUUAUUAGUAAAGGCGGCUGCAUGUGGCAGGACUCUUGCUGUCACAGAGCAGGAGUUAAGAGAGGCUCUUGCUCGAGAAAAAGAACUGCGGGAGAAGAGAGCUGAAGAUCAAACGAAGAUUAAGCAAGUUGAAAGAGCUGGCAAGGACCAAAUCGACCAUUUGACGAGAAAGUGUGCAUGUUUGAGGAAACUUUUCGACGACAUUCGCGCUCGUUUAGCAUCCCGGGAGAAAAUAGCCGAGGAACAAUCAAAAGCGAAGGACAAAGAAAUCAUCCACUUGAAAGCUGAAGUGGCCAGACUUACUAAGAUGUUGGUUCAGGAGAGCUCACCGUCACUCGGCGCCAGAACUCGUGCAGAUGGUUGUGAAACCUUCUCACUCACAGAAUGCCCCAAGGUCCCAGGUAACAAAGCGCUCCGGAAACGGCCGACGCUGCCCGAGCUACCAAUCGACAAGCCGCGUGAUGCUCUCCGACCACGCGCGAAGAGCGUCGAUCUACCCCCUGUACAGGUGCCAGUUAGAAUCAAACAGUUAGAAGAAAGGUAUAAAGAAUAGAACUAGAUGUAAUUUUUUUCCCAGUGGUUAUACCACAAAUUUUAUUUGUAUUAUUAUUUUUUAUAUGUAGAAAACCAAAUAAAUAGUGUCUACUUCUGGCACUAAGGGUAUUUUUUCUUUAAUCUUUUUAAUUGUCACUAAGUUACGAAAAAUUUACUUUCGUAAUUAUAUGAAGUAGUAAAUACUGGUUGUUGCUAUUGUUCUGGUUAAAAGUAGAACAAGUAGUAAUUUUUGGAACGUUUAGUAAUGCAAAUACUUUAUUACCUGUAGUUCUACUAGUAGAGCCACAUGGAAAAUGGUGGAUUCGUAAAAAA